AUGAUCCUGAAGAUCCUGAGAAACCAGAGGACGCAGGAUCUCCUGCCCUACUUCUUCCAGAGGAUAUGUCAGCAUCAGAGCCUGAGGACGCCGUCCCCCAAGCUGAGCCCGGUGACGGUGCAGCAGGUGAACAUCCGUCUGCAGUCUGGCACACGCUCAUCCGUCCAAACACAGCAAACUGGGAAACAGGGACCCCUGGUCAGAAGGUACCAGGACGGGAUGACCGCCAAGUUCAGCGGACGCCUGGAGCAGCUCAACCUGGCAGUGGAGGAAAAGCGGGCAGUUACCAAGGCACAUGAGCAGCAUGUAUUGGAAGACUUUACGCAACUGUACGAAGUUCAAAAGCAGAUGGCCGCAAAGAGAAAGAAGCUGGAAGACAGUCAUUGCGCUCUGGCGGAGGCCACAACCAAAUACCUGCAGGUAGAAGAUCAGCAGGGGGAGACGAAGAGUCGGUAUUCUCUUAAAAGCAGCUGGCACACUCAAGUCAGCUCUGAAGUUUCCGGGCUUCAGGCGACCUUAGAUAAAGUGUUGCAGCAGAUCCUCUUCACACAAGGAGUCGGUGAAGAUUUGAGCUCCAAAGUCAAGACAAUGACCAACGUCCGCCGCAAGCAGGGAUCUGAGAAGACUCAGGCUGAGCAGCAGAAACUCAAGCAGGAUUUGUAUAUAGAGCGCCUCACUACAGAUGUGGAGAGGCUGACUCAGCAGAUAGCCACGUAUGAGGCCCAAGCCAGAGCGCAGGCGGAGGAGAAAUGUGCAGUCAAACAGGCGCUCUAUGAGAGUGAGGUGGUCAUAGAAACACUGUUCUUGGCGCAUAAGCAGCUGCUGCAGCAGUGGAACAGCAGCCUCAAGGCCAUAAGCGGGCAAGACGAGGCCCUCAGCGCCAUGCAGGAGGCCAGACGUUCGGUCAGACAUCAGGUGAUCUUGCUGGACAGAGAGAUUGAAGGACAUAAGAAGUCUCUGACUUCACUGCAGCAGGAAAACGAGGCUCACACCGACCAGCUGCACGGUUUGGGAAUGGAGUGUGACAGUCGCACAAAACGAGUCAGUCAGAAGCAGGCUGAUCAAGAGGCUUUGGAGGCCUCCUACAGCCACUGCAGCCGCAUCCUGCAACGACACAGAGCAGACGCUGGCCAAGAGCACCAAGGUGGGUCCAGGACGCAAAGACGGCUGAUGAUUCAGAUUUUCUACACCAGAAAGCGAAUUGAAGCACACCAGGCGGAACUGAAGCAUCAGAGGAAGUGGCUGGAGAAGGAGAGCGGCUUGCGUCUGCAGCUGGAGGAUAAGAUCAUGACUCACAUGCAGCAGAAGCUGUCACACAGCAAGGCGGCGCAGGAUUGCCAGCACCUCAUGAGCAAGACGGCCAGCCUAAAGAACGCAAAGAUUUGUCGGUUGGAGCAGCUGGUAAACGAAUUGAUGUCAGCAACACUGGAGAGCCAACAGGUGGAGGAGCAAGUGAGCAUCCUGGCUCUCACCCAGGAGGCCUUGGAAGAGAAGCUCGCCAAGUGCAACAAGUCGCUGACCACGAGCGAGAGCCAGAUGUCUUCAAUGACCCAACUCAUCAAGCAGAAAUGCCAGACAAUCAGCACCUACAACCAGAGGCUGGCUCACAUCCAGGCCAAAACUGGGCACGAGGACCUGAGUCCCCUGGAGGUGAAGGCGGAAGAAACCAUGGCUCAGGUUGAGGCGACGGAAGCAAACAUCAUGAGCAAGCUGCAUCUCUGGCUGAAGCAGCAGGAGGUGCUGGUGACGCAGAGUCAGGAGAUGGAGCACAAAAACAGGGAGAUAAGCAAACUGCAGACGGAGUACAUCGCGAUGCAGCAGAGCAAAAUCCGCUUUGAGAGUCAGAAUGAGCUGGAGGAACGGGAAGAGGCAGAGCUGGACAAGACGCUGACGAUGCUGAACAGAGACGUGCUGAAGCUCAGCAGCUUAGUGAGUGAGAAGAAGCAGCUGAGCCUGGCUCUGGAGCAGGACCACGCCCUCAUGGAGACCAAGUACCUUCAGAAGAUCAAGGAUGACGAGUGGGAGUCCAUCAACAUGCAGAUGAACCUUGAGAAGGUGGAGGAGGAAAAGGAGAGGCUCCUCAACGCUCUGGUGGAGUCUGAGCAGCAGCUCAUGCUCUGGGAGAAGAAGGCCCAGAUUCUAGAGGAAACCUUCUCCAUCGUGGACAUGGGGCAGGACGAGAUCAGGCAGAUGAAAAAUGAAAUACACCGCAUGGAGGUGCGAAUCGAACAGCUGAAAAAGCAACAGGAGAGUCUGGGGAGGGAAAGCGACGCAGUCGUGGAAACCUGGGAGCACAUCACCCAGCGCAAGGACGCCAUGGCCCGCACGUCGCCCAAGAAGAAUAUAAAGGGGGAGAUGAAGCGCUUCAACGAGGGCCUGCAGCACAAGAUCGAUAAAACAUGCGAUCAUGUGGCAGAGUGUGUGCAGGCGUGCGGAGAGCUCGGGAGGAGCCAGGACAGUCUGAGAGACGGGAUUGAGCAGGAGAAGCAGUCGCUGAUACAACUAUCCAGCACCAAGGACAACAUGGACUCGGACUUGAUGGACCUCCAGGGUACCAAGGAAAUAGUCUUUGCCUAUUUAGUGACCCUGCAGAGUCGGAGCAAGAGGCUGCGAGCCGUGCACCAGGGCAGCUACGAGGCCUCAUCCAGCAGUGAGAGGGUGCAGGCCGCCCUGCAGAGCCAGACGGAGCGGCUUCAGCGGAACAGCAGCAUCCUGCAGCGCCUGUGUGAGGAGGUGCCGGAGCACAGAGACGCGCUGAGCAAGGUGCUGCAGGCCCUGGCUGCUCGCACGCAGAUGCUCUGAGCCGCAGACGUCCUGGCGGGGGCAACGCUACAGACGUCACACAUGAGUGAGAUUAGUCAAGUUAUGACCAAUCCUUUAUUUUAAUCUUCGGUUGCUCAUGUUUCAAAAGAAACACCCGACGAUUACUG